AUGGAUGCGGCCCUGCCCUCCUCCUUCUCCGGCCUCGACCCCUCCGCGGCGCCGUUCCAGCCGCAGUCGCAGUCGCGGUGCUUGUGUCUGCCGCCGACGCUUCCGCUCCUUGCGCCGCCUCCGCCGCCGCCGCUAGAAACCGGCGGUUACUUCUGGGUGCCGCAGCCACUGAUCCUCGCGACGCUCGCUUCCGGCUGCAUCUGCGGCUGCGUGCACGCGGUCCCGGUGGCGGUGCCCCAGCCCCACCCGGGCUGGACGCUACCUCCUCCUCCGCCGCCGGUGUCCUACCAUCCGGCGCCUCCUAUGCCGAUGGUGGUGUACCUCUGCCCGCCCGCUCCGCUCCCGGCAGCGCCCCCGACAACGCGGUGCAGCAUAAUGGAGAUCGUGGAGGGCGGUGCUGCCGACGAGGGCUGCAAAGUUGAGCCGUGCGACAAGGCUUCCCGGCGCGCACGCGCCGCUUGGAGGAAGGCGGCCAUCCCUCUCCGCAAGGCCUUUCGAGCUGCACUUUCGGUGGCGCCGCCGCCGCCGCUGCCGUCGUCGUCGCCAUCGCCAUCGCCAUUCGUGUUUGGAACUAAUACUACUUCCCUGAUGAUCCGCAACAUCCCAAAUAAAUUCUUGAAGGCGAGGCUGAUGGCCAUCCUGGACCAGCACUGCGCCGACGAGAACGGUGGGCUCGUGUCUCCCGGCUCCGGCGUGAGGUCGGAGUACGAUUUUCUCUACGUCCCGAUUGACUUCAGGACGCGAUUCAACAAGGGGUACGCAUUCGUCAACAUGACGACGGCGGCCGCGGCGGGGCGGCUCCGCGCCUUCCUCCAGGACCACCGCUGGGACGCGGCCAUGUCCGGCAAGGUCUGCGACGUCGUGCCGGCUGCCAUCCAGGGGCGUGACGCGCUCGUGGCGCACUUCUCGGCGUCGUGCUUCCCCUGCCGCACCAAGACGUUCCUCCCGGUGUGGUUCGAGCCGCCGCGCGACGGGGUGCAGGAGACGAAGGCGCACGUCGUCGGCCGCCUCGUCUCGCACCCACGCUGA